AUGUCUUCGACGACACAGAGCGUGCAAUGCUUCGGCAAGAAGAAGACGGCCACCGCCGUCGCCCACUGCAAGGCUGGCCGUGGUCUGGUCAAGGUCAACGGUCGUCCCCUUAGCCUGGUCCAGCCCGAGAUCUUGCGCUUCAAGGUCUACGAGCCCCUCCUCGUCGUCGGCCUCGACAAGUUCGCCAACGUCGACAUCCGCGUCCGCGUCUCUGGCGGUGGUCACACCUCCCAGGUCUACGCUAUCCGCCAGGCCAUUGCCAAGUCCCUGAUCGCCUAUUACCAGAAGUACGUCGACGAGCACUCCAAGAACAUGCUCAAGCAGGCUCUCGUCCAGUUCGACCGCACCCUGCUUGUCGCCGACAACCGCCGCUGCGAGCCCAAGAAGUUCGGUGGUCCCGGCGCCAGAGCCCGCUUCCAGAAGUCUUACCGAUAA